AUGGGUGGUCCAAGAGGUCCAAAACACGACAAUGACUGGACGCCAUUCCUCUGCGCAAAGUGGCACUUUACAGACCUCAGUCAUACCCACAGACAGGGCGUCAUUGUGUAUUUUCUUUCCCUACCAACAUACUUUAAUCCUGCUUCAUUUUUGUAUUCAAGAGAAAUGGCUGUUAGAAAUCCAUUGACAGCAACGGUGGUAGAUGUUCCUUAUCUAAAAGCCGGAAUUCAACAAUUGAGUCUUCAUCGUCCAUUAGACGGUGAACUAGUUAGUGGCGCUAUAGAUGAAAUUAUGUCAGGUCGAUCACCUGAAGUAUUAGUUUCGGCAUUUUUGGCUUUAUUAUCACCUGAUAAAUUAUCACCUGAUAUCAUUAUAGCAGGAGUAAAAAAUAUGAGGGCACAUGCCU